AUGGAGAGCCCCAAUCAAAGCACCACUCAGGAGUUCAUCUUCUCCGCCUUCCCUUGUUCCUGGGGAAGCUCUGUCUCCUGUUUUGUUCCCCUGCUCUUCAUUUACACUUUCAUUGUCUUCGGCAACCUGGUCAUCAUCACAGUGGUCCAGCUGAAUGCUCACCUCCACAUGCCCAUGUACUUCUUCAUCAGCGCCCUUUCUUUCCUGGAAAUCUGGUACACGACAGCAACCAUCCCAAAGAUGCUUGCCAGCCUGCUGAGUGAGAGGAAGAGCAUUUCCCUAAAUGGUUGUCUCCUGCAGAUGUACUUCUUCCAUUCCACUGGCAUCAGUGAGGUUUGUCUGUUGACAGCAAUGGCCUUUGACCGCUACCUGGCCAUCUGCAGCCCUCUUCAUUAUCCCACUACCAUGACCCCCAGGCUGUGUGCCCAACUGACUUUCAGUUGCUGUGUUUGUGGCUUUAUCACGCCUCUCCCUGAGAUUGCCUGGAUCUCCACACUGCCAUUUUGUGGCUCUAAUCAUCUUGAGCACAUCUUCUGUGACUUCCUCCCCGUGCUACGCUUGGCCUGCACAGACACACAAGCCAUCGUCAUGAUUCAGGUAGUGGAUAUUGUCCAUGCGGUGGAGAUUAUUACAGCUACAAUGCUCAUUUUCAUGUCCUAUGUUGGUAUUGUGGCUGUAAUUCUACAUAUUAGGUCAGCUGAAGGCCGACGCAAGGCAUUUUCCACGUGCAUCUCCCACCUCACUGUUUUUUUGCUUUUUUUUGGCAAUGUGGCCCUCAUGUACCUACGCUUCUCUGCCACCUACUCCUUAUUCUGGGAUACAGUCAUUGCUCUGGCCUUUGCAGUUUUGUCUCCCUUCUUCAACCCCAUCAUCUAUAGCCUGAGGAAUAAAGAGAUAAAGGAAGCGAUAAAAAAACACUGGGGUCAAGCUAAAACCUUUUUUUAUAAGACCAAGGACCUCAAGUAA